AUGACCAUUGAAGAUUUCAUAUUGGUACGCCGCCCCCUGCACCAUGCAAUUGCGCAUCAGGAAUGGAAUCAGCUGCGCAGAUACCUGACGGAGGAAGUGGCAAUGCCAUCACAAGAUCCGAUGCAUGACGCCGUGCAGAAGAGCGAUGGUUGUGGACUCUCACCACUAAUGCUUGCAGUGAAGAACGAGGCUGAACCUGCCAUUCUCAGAGCGCUUGCUGCCCAUGGAGCUGACCCUGGACAGGAGGACAACAAUGGGUGGACAGUGUUGGAUUGGUCCAACCACAUUUGUCAUCAGGCAGAUGUGACAUCAUCGACAUGGCACAGAAAGCACGGCCACAGAGUGGUCAAGUCCUUCUUGCUUCAGCUGCUCCCCCCAGUUCUUGAGUUCAGCAUCGUGGACUUGCGGAGAGAAACAUUGAGUGUUCUGAGCCCCAAAGCAAGAAGCAAGGUCUUGCUCGUGGCAGCCUUUUCGCUUGCAUCUGUGCCGCCUGUGCCAUCGCAGGAUGCCUCUCUGCCGUGUGUACUGCCGCAGGUCGACAAGAUGAUAGAAGCCAUGCCGGCAGCAAUACCAGUGGCGUUCCAUUUGAACGGGCAGUGUGUCAAGGACCUUCUGAGCGAAAACAAAGAAGCAAAACGUAUGAUCGCUGGCUUGUGUGGCGAACGAUAUCAAGCACGGCAUGUGCAGCUCAACAUCAACUCAACUCAUGUUGAGAGGGCUCUGCUCCAAUCCACAAAAAGUGCAAAAUUGAUUGCGCAGCUCGUCCUCAGUCAUCCGAAGACGCUCUUUUUGCUUCCUGUGCUUCAAGCGAAAGAUGCAAAUGGGGAUGGUGUUGGGGACUCAUGGGCCUUCGUGAGACAGGUCUUGGAGGCUUCUAAGAGAGAUUCUGCGGGUGGAAAGCCGGCCCAGAAUUUGGUGACUCUCUUCGACGAUCAUACCGCAACCAAGGAGAGCUUUGAGAUCUUGAAAAAGCUACAUAACGGGGAGGCCAAUGGCGAGCAACAGCGCGGGCAGCCAAAGCCCAAAGUCGGUUGCACAGCCGGCACCAGUGUAGAGAAGCUGUCGCGCUUUGCAGAGUUGGCAGAAGAGCACGGCUGUGCAUUCAUCGUCAGUGACUCCAAGACGUGCUCUGAUCAGAAGGAAACAAGCCUCCUGAGCGACAUUGUGAGCGCCGUUCAUGAGUGGGAAUCCCACCGACAUCUAGCAUCCACAACGGAAGACUUUGCCGCGCGUAGCCGUGCAGGCACGCUCGUAACACUGUAG